GAAUAUCUAAUACCUUCUCUUAAUCUGAAGGCUGAAAGCUUUUUGUCCGACGAAUCCAAAUUAUUUUCGAACAAGUAUAAAAGUGUGAUUUAUAAAUGGGCGUUACAAUCGGAAAAUGUUGAAUGUCAUCAUUGAAGGGCCGAUUGUUCCGUAUAUAUUUGUACAGGAAUUUAUUUUGCUCUCACACACUUUUUCUAUUCAGGCCGUUCAGCACCAGUAACAGAAUGGGGUGUGUGUUAAAUCUGUUCGUUUUAAGUAUGACUUUAUUGGCAACCUUUACGGUCGGAUCAAGGCAAUUUUAUGCUUUGGAAAAGAAAAUCGACGCACUUGAGGUUAUGAUGGACAUUAAAAUAGAGAUGAUUAAACAAGACCUUGCGAUGGUUGUCAAAAACGUAACCAUGAGUGUAAUUGGCGAACUUCAGGGUACGAACGGUAACAUUAACACAUUCCAAAUAGCCAAUACUAUGGGCGAAGAUCCGAAAAGCAAGAUUCAGGCAGCCGAAGAUGUGAAUAAAGUAAUUCAACGUGGAUUCAGUUCGGAGAAAAUGGCAUUGAAGAAGAGUUUCUCGAUUAUAGAACAAAGCGUGUCUUAUGUACAAAGUCAACUAGAAGACGUAAAGGAGGAUCUAGCGGAUAUUGCGAGAAAUGUCAUGACCAAAUCCGAGACACUGACACAGUUACAGUUAAUUAAUGCGGAAAUCAACAAAAACAAAAACGAUAUUGAAGCAAAAGUUAUGAAAAACGUAAACGACGUAAAGAAGGAUCUAGCGGAUAUUGUUGGAAGAUUCAUGAUCAAAUCCGAGGCACUUGCAAAGUUUCAGUUAGUAAAUACGGAAAUCAACAAAAACAAAAACGAUAUUGAAGCAAAAGUUGAUAAAGCAAAGCUAGCCCCAAUUCUAAAAUCGAUCGACGAUUGCAAGACUUCGAAUAGCAAAUUCGCUUCGUUUACAACUCAUAAAUAUGGUAAUUCAAUCUACUUUAAACUGAACAGCAGCAUGGACUUUUAUGAUGGAAGAAGAGAAUGCCAAAAGUACGGCGCUACCCUACCAGAAGUGACCAGCUCGGGGGAAAAUGACUUCUUCACAUCCACAUUCUCCAAAUACGGAGAAAUGUUUCUUGGUGCGACUAACCAUAAGCUUAAAUCACAUUUUCUAUGGGACCACAGUGGACAGUUUGUCAUGUAUACAAACUGGCAUCAUGAGGAACCGAACGAUUUUAAGCGUCAGUAUCCGACCGAUAAUUAUGAUGGAGAGGACUGUUUAGAGAUACAAGAGAAGGGUAAUCAUUAUCGCUGGAAUGAUAUAAAAUGUAUACGUUCCAAGAUUAUUGUUUGUGAAUUCGAGUGUGAAUUAGACAUUUGAAAUGUCUGUUAUGCGAAGACAGGAUGACAACGUAAACAUAAAUAUGUAUAAGUGUAUAGAUCACUCAAACUCAAACGUGAUUUUGGUUUUCGUUGGUCGCAUUAUUGUCUUUUCAAUCUUAGUAGAAUAUAGAAUGAUUUGUACUACAAGGCACAAACUCUUUACAUUUUUAUGAGAACAGGAAGGACAAUUCAUGCAACUUUAAAAUUGAUUGAAUUACCUACCUUAUUGUCAUGUAUUUAUCUGAUAAAUGACUUAAUGAACAUUAAAAUGUAUCUUGUUUA